GUACGACCCGCGGCGAGGGGCGGGGCCGAGCGGCAGAGUGGCCUUUGAUUGAAAGGCGCGAAAAUGGCGGAUUUCUCUGAGCGUGGCGCUGGGAAGAUUGCAGCUGCUUCCAACAACCCCAGUGUCACAAAGGCAAAAGGAAAGAGAAUUCAAGGUGGCAGAGUGGUCGAGUCCCGAUACUUACAAUAUGAGAAGAGAACCAAAAAGACUCCCUCAGCAGAGGCCUUAAAGUCCAGUGGGAAGCUGCCUGAAGGUGGAAGGAAGGUUGGAGCACUGCAGAAGAGCAAAGAAGAUAACGGGAUCAACAAAGGAGACCUGCAGUCCACACUGUUAGAGGGGCAUGGCACGGCCCCACCCGAUCUGGACCUCUCUGCCAUCAAUGAAAAAUGUAUGGUCAGAAGGGCUCCACAGCUGGAUAAGAGGACCUUGGAGAAAACUGAGUCAAUGUCCCUUAUAGCCCCUCGGUCGACAUCCUUUGCAGCCCCUCGUAAGAAGAGCCCAGAUUUGCCAGAGGUGAUGGACAUGAUGGAGUCACAGACACUACUUCUGAGCCUACUGGCUGUAAAGAUAGAGAACAGUCUGGCUCAGCUGGAGGAGAAGGCAGAGAAGCACUUAUCAGCCAUAUGCAGAGAGCAGGAAAGGCUGCAGAGGCAGGCGCAUGAGCUCAAGCACAGGCUGCUGCUCAGCCACAAGCAGCAGGAGCUGGCUGCCACCCUGGGCACCCAGAUGGAGCUGCUGGGCCCCUUCAAGGCAGUAGCCAAACGCUUUAAGGAACAAUACAUGACACUGGCCACAGCCCUGGACAGCACACGACAUGAGCUCCCCAUGAGGUCAAUCCAUCUGGAGGGAAGUGGGCAAGAGCUCCUAGACACUCUGCAGCCUGCCUUGAGGACUACGUACCAGCUCCUGGGGGAGCUCAGCAUAGACACCUCCGAGGCAGAUGUGCAGGUGCUUCGCCUGCUCGAUGAGCUCAAGGAUGUGACUGCCAAGAAAGACCUGGAGCUCCGCAGGACCAUUAGCCAGGUAUUAGAACUUUCUGCUGAGGCAAGUAAAGAAGCAGCCUUACUAAACCAGGAAGUGUGGGAAGAGGCCAAGGGCACAACAGCCUCCAGCCAGUGGUACUUCAAUCCUGACGGAGGCCCCGGAGACCCUCCUGGAGAGCUGCAAAGCACAGUCCCCUCCGAGGACCACCCAUCAUGCACCCUGUGAUUCUUUGUACAGCCUGGCUCCUGGGGAGACCAAAGUCUUCCCUCCUAGUUGGCAAGAAACUCUGUUCAUGCCUCUUACUCAGGAGAUUGUGUGUGGGUUUGAGCACUUUAUAAGCUACUUGCAGUGCUGUUGUUUUGUAGGAUAUAGCUGUAUUCUUCUUUGAUAUGUAAAUAAAACUUUUGCUUUUGC